AUGACGGUGGCGGCGGCGGGCGCGGGCAGGCGUUACGCGCUGUUGCUGGCGGUGAACGACUCGGACUACGCCAGGAAGGCGCACGGCGGGUACCGGAACGUGUUCUUCCGCGCCCUCCGCUCCGGCGAACCCGACGAGGCGUGGGACUGCUACCGCGUAAUCGACGGCGAGUUCCCGGCAGCAGAGGAUCUGGGCCUGUACGACGGCUUCGUGGUGAGCGGCAGCCCGCACGAUGCCCACGGCGACGGCGCCCCGUGCUGGGUCCGCCGCCUCUGCCUCCUCCUCCGGACCGUCCACGCCAUGGGGAAGCGCGUCCUCGGCGUCUGCUUCGGCCACCAGGCCCUGUGCCGCGCGCUGGGCGGGAGGGUCGGGAGGUCGCCCAGCGGCUGGGACGUCGGGGUGAAGGAGGUGACCUUCGUGGAUGAUUUGGAAUGGCCCUUCGAGUUCUUGCCCGUGGAGCCACCCCGGAACGCCUCCAUCAUCGAGGUUCACCAAGACGAGGUGUGGGAGGUACCGCCCGGUGGCAAGGUGCUGGCCUACUCCGACAAGACGCGCGUGGAGAUGUUCGCCGUCGGCGACAACGCCCUCGGCAUCCAGGGCCACCCGGAGUACACCAACGACAUCCUGCUCAACCUCACCAACCGCCUCGUCAACAACAGCACCAUCGACGGGUGCGUGGGCGAGGACGCGCGGAGGACGGCGGAGAGCGGCGAGCCGGACCGCGAGUUCUGGACGGGGCUCUGCAAGGCCUUCCUGAGGGGGUCAGGGUGCACCGGCGGCGGCGGCGCCCCCAGGCCGCCGCCGCAGGGACCGGCGCCGGAGCUUAGCUGCAGCCACCACGUCGCUCACUUCCCUGCCACCGCCUCCCCCAUUGGCUUGUAG